GAGCCACACAGGGACGGCAGAGAGACAAAGCGGCUCACGUGAUCACGUCACGUGCCUAGCGUGAACCGGGUCCAGGGGAGGUUAGCAGGUUGCUGAGAGCACGGGUCUGGAGCGUGAACCGAGACCACCAACGCCUACCGACCAAAUUCGGCGACUGCUUCUCCAUCCUUCCACGAAUUACACGAGGAAAGAACGCUGAUAAACAAAUGGCGUAAAUCUCUAUCGACGAAGCUGUGGAGGAAAACGAAGGAUCUCCCCGUGCUUGUGCAUGCCAGAUCGCCUGCUCUACGUCCGCAUCCCGUCCCUCGCGAAACUCGGCACUCCCAGGACUGUAGGUGUGCAAAAUUCAUGGCUUCAGACACCGGCAAGAAGCUCAUUCAGAUCGAUGUGAGCUCGGAUACAGUGUGCCCUUGGUGCUUCGUCGGUAAAAAGAACCUUGAGAAAGCAAUGGAGCAAAGCAUGGGCAAGUUUGAUUUCGAGGUCCGUUGGCAUCCAUUCUUUCUGAACCCCGACGCGCCUAAGGAGGGCGUCAAGAAAUCUGACUUCUUCAAGAUGAAGUUCGGUCCUGUCCAAUAUGAGGGUGCGAUGUCUCGCAUGACUGAGAUAUUUCGAGGACUCGGGCUUGAAUAUGACAUGUCAGGAUUGACAGGGAACACGAUGGAUAGUCAUAGGCUCAUAACACAUGCUGGACACCAAGGCUAUGACAAGCAAAAUGCUCUUGUUGAAGAAUUGUUCCUCAAUUACCAUUGCCAAGGAAAGUACAUUGGUGACAAGCAGGUUUUGCUGGAUGCUGCAAGAAAGGUGGGCAUAGAAGGGGCCGAGGAACUGCUUGAAGAUCCUACCAAAGGAGUCCAUGAGGUUCAGGAAGAGCUCAAGAAGUACUCAUCGGACAUCUCCGGGGUCCCACAUUUUGUGAUCAAUAAUAAAUAUCAACUCAGUGGGGGCCAGCCACCAAAUGAAUUCAUGAGGGCGUUUGAGAUGGCUGCAAAAGAUGGAGCUUAAUGGCGCUUAUUUGCGAGAAAAAACUGUGGAACCAGUUGUGUUUCGUAGUUUUGAUGUGGUGAUAUUAGUGACGAAGAUGGUGUGGAUGUUCACUUUUGAAUAGAGUUCUAGGUGAUUGGAUAUGGAACAUGGGUUAUGUCCUGUAAAUAGAGGCCAGUCUGUAUAUUUGAUUUGAUUUCAACCGAAAGCUGUGGUUUUCAGAACCUGAGAUUUCAGCAUGAAAACCUAUUGUAAGCACCCCUGCGGACAUUAACAUCAAGAAAAAAUCUAUAAAAAUAAAUUUUCGCAAUGCUGUAAGUUUCA